AUGUCAAAAGCAGGCGAAAGCGUCAUCCUCCCCAGCAACGCCGUCUUCCUCGUCCACAAGGUCGGCACCUCCAAAGCCGGCCACGAGACGCAAUGGGAAACUCGCGCAAAAGCCAUGCGCGCCGCUCCAGACCCUCAUAAAGCCUUAUCUAUAAGAAGCAACAAUACGAAUGAUGCCGUCAAAACCAAAAGCGACGCUGCCGAAGGAGGUUCGUGGCAGUUUGUCUCCUACACGCCUCGCAAAGACCAGCAACUCCAGAAGAGGCCCAAGAAAGGGGAGCCCAAGCGAAAGAGACGCACUCAAACCAACAAUGAUGCUCAAAAAAACAAGAGCACUUCCAUUGUAUCAAUCAAGCAGAAUCCAACACUGCUUCGCAACCCCAACCUUUUACCUCCAGAUCUCCCCGUCGCUAUCGUCGGACACGCGCUUCUCUAUAUCAACUUUUACUUCCACUCAAUAGCCACAGGCGCAUACACGCUCCCGUGCCUGCUCUUCAACCCUGCCAAGAGAGACUGGUUCCCCAGGAUGAUGCAGGAUGAGGCCUGGCGAUGCAUCAUCUUGUCUCUCUCCGCCAGCACACUCGCCUCCUUGACGGGGUCUCCCUCCAACUAUGUCGACUCGCACGCUCUCCUCGAUGAAGCGCUACGACAGCUCAAGAGCCGGGUCGCAUCCGGUGCUCUUCCGUCCGACCAGACUCUGGGGGCCAUCUCCUGUCUGUCCAUGUGGAGUAACGAACAGGGGAAUCUAGAAAAAGCAUGGGUGCACGCCAAAGGCCUCGCUGAGCUCGUCAAGCUACGAGGCGGCUUCUCCAAAAUCAGCGAUGGCAUGAGAUCCAAAGUAUACCGGGGCGUCUUUGACAUUGCGGUCAACAGUGAUCGACCUCCUCUCCUGGAAGACGGCCUCCGAGGCUUUCCGGAAAACGAAGUAAUAGUCUCCGAAGAUGAUGGCUCAGAACGGGAAGAGUCUGGCCUAGACACUUCUGAAUGUCGCAUCUCGUCACAUCUAUCCAGCAUUUUUGACGAUGUGGUACAGUUCAGUGCAACUGUUGACGAAGCCAUGACUCGCAACAUCAAGCUGGAUACGAAUCCCCUCUACGAGCUCGUCUUUGGGCUGUACAAUCGUCUCCUGAGCUGCCAAUCCGACAGCAUGAGCGGCUGCGACAACAGCUUCCGCAUCUGUCUCAUUCUAUACAUCAAGUCCAUCGUCUCCCACGACUGUCCGAACCCGACAUCGAUGCACUUGGUCAAGAAGCUUCAGGCUUCCCUCCAAGACUGUCUGGCUGCCCAUCCUUCAACGUCACUGACCAAGUGGAAGCUCUUCGUCGGCGGCAUGGCUGCUACGGAUGGGACGUGCGAAAAGCAAUGGUUUGUCCAACGAUUGGCUGAGACCUUGACGGAGAACGAAGUGGAACGCGAAGGCGGCUGGGAGUUGCUCCAAGCAGAGCUGGGCAGCAUCGUAUGGACAAAGCCAAUCAAUGAGGCGGCCGGAUAUAGGCUGUGGCUUCAGAUUGCGGACGCUCAGCCUUAG